AUGGGCGCCGCCACAUCGACGGAGCUGCAGCUGAAGUUGCUGCUGCACGACCACGAGGCGGACGCCAAGAACAAGGACGCGGAGCUGCAGGUCGAGGAGGCGGUGCACAUGUUCGUGGCCUCGGAGCUCGAGUCCGGCCAGCACCUGCAGCAGCUGCAGAUCGCACUCGAGCUGCUGCUGCUGCACGUGCGUCCGGAGGCCUGGAGCUCCACAGCCUCCAGCCAAGUUUACAGCGCGGAUGAGGGGGAGGAAGAUGCCGUUACUAGCGCCACGAGCAACUCGGCAGGCUGGUCGGCCUGCCAUCGCGCUUGUGCAACGGGCAACCUGGCCUUGGUGGCCUUUGUACUGCAGCAUUAUCGGGCGCAGUUUGAACUGCAGACUCGAUGCAACAUGGGGCACGUCCACGAAGAUGAAGCGCAUCUGCACACCAUGCAGGGCGCGGACGGCGACCGCGGGUUGGUCUACCGCGCGGCUGAGCUCAUCUACAGCUCGGUGGCGCAGCAGCAGCACAUCUACGAGUUCCAAGUGUCUGUGCAGAUCGUGGGGGUGUACAACGAGGAGAUCAACGACCUGCUGGCGUCGCCUGAUACCACCGGGAACAACGGUAGUGAGAUCUGUCUGAAGUAG